AUGGUGCUUACCUUUUAUCCCAGCUACAUGGAGACAGAGAUGGCCAAGAUGAAAAGGCAGGUCUGGCAGAAGCGCAACAUCGCCAAAGCCUCAGUGUGCUGGAAUGACUUCAGAUUGCUUCAGAAAUCCUUUGUGUUCCACAAAGGGAGUAGCAUGAUGGGUAAGAAGCUGGACUAUAAGAUGAAGAUUGAUCUGGAGCCAGAAGGAAAAGUGUAUGUGAUCAUCGAUCUCUCGGGUUCAUCAGGUGAAGCCCCUAAAGACAAUGAAGAACGUGUGUUCAGGGAGCGUAUGCGCCCCAGGAAGCGGCAGGGAGCUGUCAGGCGCAGAGUUCACCAGGUCAAUGGCCACAAGUUCAUGGCCACCUAUCUUCGGCAACCUACCUACUGCUCGCACUGCAGAGAUUUCAUCUGGGGUGUCAUAGGAAAACAGGGAUACCAAUGUCAAGUCUGCACUUGCGUGGUCCACAAGCGAUGCCAUGAGCUCAUCAUUACGAAGUGUGCUGGGCUAAAGAAACAGGAAACCCCCGAUGAGGUGGGCUCACAGCGGUUUAGCGUCAACAUGCCCCACAAAUUUGGGAUCCACAACUACAAGGUCCCCACCUUCUGCGAUCACUGUGGGUCCUUGCUCUGGGGCCUCUUGCGGCAGGGUUUGCAGUGUAAAGUCUGCAAAAUGAAUGUUCACCGUCGAUGUGAGACCAAUGUAGCUCCCAACUGUGGUGUGGAUGCCAGGGGAAUCGCCAAAGUGCUGGCUGACCUGGGCGUUACACCAGACAAAAUCACCAACAGUGGCCAGAGGAGGAAAAAGCUUGUUGCUGGUGCUGAGUCCCCACAGCCAGCUUCUGGAAACUCUCCAUCUGAGGAAGACCGGUCUAAGUCAGCACCCACCUCGCCUUGUGACCAGGAGUUAAAAGAGCUUGAAAACAACAUCCGGAAAGCAUUGUCAUUUGACAACCGAGGCGAGGAGCACCGGGCAUCAUCAUCCACGGAUGGCCAGCUGGCGGGCUCUGGCGAGAACGGUGAAGUGCGAGCUGGCCAGGCCAAGCGCCUGGGCCUGGAUGAGUUCAACUUCAUCAAGGUCUUGGGCAAAGGCAGCUUUGGCAAGGUGAUGUUGGCAGAACUCAAAGGCAAAGAUGAAGUAUAUGCUGUGAAGGUCUUAAAGAAGGACGUCAUCCUUCAGGACGAUGAUGUGGAUUGCACAAUGACAGAGAAGAGGAUUUUGGCUCUGGCACGGAAACACCCUUACUUAACCCAACUCUACUGCUGCUUCCAGACCAAGGACCGCCUCUUUUUCGUCAUGGAAUAUGUAAAUGGUGGAGACCUCAUGUUCCAGAUUCAACGUUCCCGCAAAUUCGAUGAGCCUCGAUCACGGUUCUAUGCUGCAGAGGUCACGUCUGCCCUCAUGUUCCUUCACCAACAUGGAGUGAUAUACAGGGAUUUGAAACUGGACAACAUCCUUCUAGAUGCAGAAGGUCACUGCAAGCUAGCUGAUUUUGGAAUGUGCAAGGAAGGGAUUCUGAAUGGUGUCACCACCACCACAUUCUGUGGGACUCCAGACUACAUAGCUCCUGAGAUCCUGCAGGAAUUGGAGUAUGGCCCCUCAGUGGAUUGGUGGGCCCUGGGUGUGCUGAUGUACGAGAUGAUGGCCGGACAGCCCCCCUUUGAGGCUGACAAUGAGGAUGACCUGUUUGAGUCCAUCCUCCAUGAUGAUGUGCUCUACCCCGUCUGGCUCAGCAAGGAAGCUGUCAGCAUCUUGAAAGCUUUCAUGACCAAGAAUCCCCACAAGCGCCUAGGCUGUGUGGCCACGCAGAACGGAGAGGACGCCAUUAAACAGCACCCAUUUUUCAAGGAGAUCGACUGGGUGCUCCUGGAACAGAAGAAGAUCAAGCCCCCCUUCAAACCCAGAAUUAAAACCAAAAGAGAUGUCAAUAACUUUGACCAAGACUUUACCCGGGAAGAGCCAGUACUCACACUUGUGGAUGAAGCGAUUGUGAAGCAGAUCAACCAGGAAGAAUUCAAAGGCUUCUCCUACUUUGGUGAGGACCUGAUGCCCUGAGAAGCCACUCCAGGUGGACUUCGCUGAUGCUGCAAGGGGGUCGCUGUGAAGAUCCUGUGUUACGGAGGCUCAGAAGGUCUUGAACUCCUCCUCCUCCCUGGAGCCCCAGUCCCAUUCCACUCUAUUUAUUGCAUUCCCUUACCCCAGGCCACCAUUUCCCCUACCUUCCUGGUGACUAGAAGGCACUCUUGGGUCUUGCCUCAUCAAAAACAUAGACUCAAGUUGGGUCAGCAGGUAGCUGUGCACACUGCCGUGUUUGGACUGUCCAUCCACAAGCCUGGUCCUACUCUUGGGGCUCUUGGCUAUGAAGCAACUUCAGUUCUUUAACCACAAAAAAACAAAAAAACUAAUCCAACAAGAAGACUUUUGGCUGUGCCAGUGGAUAUAGAAUCCUGACACCUCUUGCUUCUCAUCCGUCCUGUCCCUGGGCUAGCACCCCUGCCCUUCUUCCCAGGAGAAGAAUGAAGACUUCCUCCACAUGAGGACAGGUACUUUGAGGUGUGCCUUGGAUGGAAUGAGCCUAAGAGAUGCAACAGACUGGCUAGCUGUGUCAGUGUGCUUGUGAAUGGCACAUUCUUGCUGCUUUGGUUUUAGCUUUUGAGCAUGCCAAAGUCUUACACAUUUGCAUCUCAUGGAAGAAAUCAUUCUUUGUGGGGGGAAAAUUUGAUUUUGAACUCUGUUAACAUUUGAAAAAUGAGUUACCAAAUUUGCUUUCUAAUUGGCACAAUACCAAUUUCAACAUGAAUACAGGUAUAUAUUAAAGGGCUAAUGUACAGUGAGAAUCCAGUCAUUCAGGGUCUAUGCUGUCAAAGCUUUAGUGACACAUGGGAGCUAUGUGAAUCAAGAGAAAAGAAGGCAAGGAAUGCUCAUCAUUAUUAAAGUUCUACCUUGACACAAAAACCACCACAGCCAUGACCAAUACCCUGAGAUCCUAGCAAAACUUAGCUCCCAAAUUCUCCUUCCAGUUUCAUCCUAAAUUCCCAGCAUAAAUGCUAUUUAUUUUCUGCAGCAUUGUGUUGUAUUUUUUGUGCACUUCUACAAAAUGGUAGUACUACUGUGUUGUGUUUUUUAGACAUUAAACAUGUAAAGUUAACUAUGAAUCUGGUUUUGGAACAAGAGGACUAAAACUCAACAUGGGUUAGGCAGAAGUGUCAAGAGACUGAAGAACGAUUGGUUUGAAACCUUGACAAGGUAACAAGAUGUGCCCAGAGUUUAAUUUCUGUGUGAUAUGCGAUAGCAACUCAUGUGGACACUAUUUAAUUGAUGUGAUCUUACCUCCUGUAGCUAUGCUAACAGUGUUAUAUUCUUUGAUUUCCAAGGAUUCUCUGUGGCUUUGUGUAUAUGUUUCCCAGAGGUCAUUUGAUUACCUAUUUUAUUGAAUUGAUCUAGCAGGGAAUGGAAUCCAUUCCAGCUGUUGCACGUGGAUUUCCCAGCUACCCCUAAAUAUAUAUAUAUACUUGUGAGUGGCGAAGUGGCACUAAUGAAGCUUUUUGCCUUUUGUACAUUUGAGAUUUUUUUUUUGUAUAUAGUGUUUGCUGCAAGGCCUGUGGAAUUCAUUCAUUGAAUAUAAAGGUAUCUGCUGCAUGUUCAGGCAUAUUAUAAAACUUUAGUCUAUGAAAGAGUAAUUAUUAAAAUGUCCAGGUGCAAUACUCUAUAAGUGUAUUGAUUCAAGUUACCGAGAGUUAGGUGUGUUCAUUCUUUUGGGGGGGGAGGGGAGUCCUUUAUAUUGUUUAUUUCAUUUUGGUUUAAAGAAUGUCAACGUUUAUUAAGCUACAUUAAGUCUCACAUAUAGUUCUCCUGUGCUCUAUUAGCCCUGAUAGAGAUGGGAGAAAGAAAGGAAUGUUCUCAAUGGUGGUUUCAAAGCUUAGUGACUAUUUUGAGCCCAUAGCAAGUGUGUCCCUUAUUUGCAUCUGGCUGGUCACAGCCUUUGUUACUAAUGAUGACAUUUAGUUCUGUUUUGCUUUUAUUUUUUAAAAACUCAGGUGUAACUAUUAUCUGUCCUUAUGAUGAUUGCAAAUAUUAAAUAUUAUGCUGUAUCAAUCCAUGUGUUUGGCGUACCAGUGAAGUGAUGAACAUUAAUUUCUCUUCGGUAACUUGACGCAUUGAGGGCAGACUAUCUUCUGGAGCAGAAUACAAGCACAGAAACAUCUUCAUGGUGGCAUCAUCUCAUUUUUUUAGAAAGACGUGACAAUAUACCCAUCAUGCACAACUCUCUCUCUCUCUCUCUCUCUCUCUCUCUCUCUCUCUCUCUCUCUCUCCCCACCCCCACCCCCCUGCUUUCUUCAAAGUUAGGAACUUUGGACAACUAAGUCAGAUCUACCUGCCAUACCCAAGUGGUCUUGUUCCAGGGCUAGGUGGUGUUUUCAUGGUGGCUGGGAUUAGGCCCUUCCUCUAGGACAACUAACACAUUUGUUGGGAAGGCAAACAAUACAUUCCACCAGCAGCUCUAGGCAAUUGGCCAGCCUGGCUCUCCCUUUUAGCACCCAAAGCCUGGCUGGCUGGGAUACCUCUAGCUGAUAAAGUUCUUACAUAGAAAUAUUUAAAGCCAGUGGAGAUCUAUAGAAAAAGGCUUGUGUUUUCCUUGGGUGUACAUUGUUUCUCUCAUUUUCAACAAGAUUUGGGGCAAUGAGGAUAUGGCUCAGGGGUACAAUGCUUACCUAGCAUCCUAGUAUAUGUGAGACCCUGGGGUUCAUUGCUAUAGCAUCACACACGGAAAAAAGUUGGGAAACAGACACAGUUACAUUUCUGUCAUUUCUACUGGUUCUUCAUAAUCUUUCUAGCCCCCUCUCCCCCCUCUCUCUCCCUUCCCU